AUGGCUUCAUUCAAUUGUGGAAAUGAUUCAAAUAAUGCAACAGAAAAAGAGGAUACGGAUAAAUCGAGUGAUUUUUCUGUUUCAUUCACGGAAGGUUCUGAUGAAAUUAAACAUGAUUUAAGACAUUCGAUCUUGCACAGUUCUGAUGUGGUCUCGGAGAUUUCCUCCAGUGGGGGAAAUGUUGUUCAAUUUUACUGCGAUUCGUGUAAAGAAGACAAUAAGUGCCUCCCAGCUGAAGGUUUUUGUGUUAAUUGUGAUGAAUAUCUGUGCAUGAAGUGUUUCAGCUUUCACAAAAAACAAAAGGCUUUAAAACUUCAUGUUUUGAAAGAUAAGCUAAAUAUGCCAAAAAAUCGAGCUCACGUUAACAUUCAUGACGUUUGUGUUGACAAGUGCUCUUCACACACUGACAGGGUCAUAGAGUACUUUUGUAAAUCAUGUGACCAGCUAGGAUGUUCGGUGUGUAUUGUUACAGGACAUCGUACCUGCAACGAUGUGGAUUUUAUUCCUGAUAUUAUUGAGGGCAUAGAAAAUAGCGAAGAGUACUCACACUUAAUUGGAUGUAUGAAAGACUUGUCGGUCAAACUAGAUCAUCAAAAAAACAGAGUUGCGUCUAAUAUCGAACGAAGCAAUGAUUUUCGAAGAAAAGCUAAAGAAAAGGUAAAACAACAGAGAGCGGAAAUAAAUGAUAUAUUUGAUUUAUUAGAAAAUGAAACUCACUCCAACGUUGAUGAAAUAUAUCAAGAAGAUCAAGGAAAACUGUCCUCCAUCUCCGAUCGGGUGAUAUCAUUAACAAGCGAUCUAUCGGAAAUGACCUCCGAUCUACAAAGAAAAUCUAAAUAUCGAUGUCAACUUUUUGUUGCCGCAAAGAAGAUAAAGCAAAAUAUGUCAGUCGUUGAAAGGAACGUUAAAACAAUUGAAAGUAGAAACAAAAUAAAAAACUUUCAAUACUUGCCCGCUUACAACAUUCAAGAUGAAUUAAAAAGCAGUAAACUUGGAAAAGUAUCAUUUCUUAAUUCUGAGACGGUUAGAGACGUAUCCACACUAUCAUAUAUAGAUGUCAGUCAAGACAGCAACUCGAUUUACGUAGGAACUGGAAUAUGUUUGCUGCCAAAUGACCGCCUUGCUCUAAUAGACAAUCAGUAUGAAACAUGCAAACUGAUUGACCACAAGCGUAAACUAGUUACGUUUUGCAUAAAGCUUAAUUCGCCCCCUUUUGGUGUUACAAAAAUGCCCGAAAACCAGAUCGCAGUAACAUUUCCUGAUCUAGGAGAAAUAAAAGUUCUGACAGUCUCUCCAGAUGAUGAUACCUUAGUCGAGAAAAGUACUAUAAACAUCGGCAAUGGCUGCUGUGGGAUACAUCAAUCUAACUCGAAACUUAUAGUCGCUUUCAAAAAAUGCUAUCGGAGUAAACCACGGGUACACAUUCUUGAUACAAAUGGAACUGUUUUAAAUGUUCUCGAAAAUGAUUGUUAUGGAAAUCCACUGUUUGCUUCGCCACACUAUGUCACUGUGAGUCCAGAUAAUUCAACCAUUUAUGUGUCAGAUAAAAUAGGUAAAGCUGUUAUUGGCAUGACUGUAGAUGGCAAAGUAAAAUCAGUUUACAAAAUGGAAACUAAACCAGGUGGGAUAACUAUUGAUGGAGCUGGUUCGGUGUAUGUGUGUGCCGUUAGAGAUAAGACUGACGUGUCUAUGGAGGUAGAUAUCGUUCAGCUGUCUGAGAACUGUGAAAAACUACAGACCCUAGUACCAUUAAACAAACAUUAUAGUGCUAUUGCUUACUGUGAUGAAAGCAAAACAUUCUACCUUACAGGAAUUUCGGAAUUUAAAAACAAUCAUGUUUUAGCUAUUAAAACUGAUAAAAGUUGA